AUGGCUACCGCUGUGGACCAAAAACUGCUUCGGCAGACCAAGUUUCCGCCCGAAUUCAAUCAGAAAGUCGACAUGAAAAAGGUCAACGUUGAGGUCAUGAAGAAAUGGAUUGCAGGCAAGAUAUCUCAUAUCCUUGGCUCUGAAGAUGACGUUGUGAUCGAGCUGUGCUUCAAUCUGCUCGAGGGUUCGCGUUUCAUCUCGCUCACCGGAUUUCUUGACAAGGACACGCCGAAAUUCUGCAAAGAAUUGUGGAACCUCUGCUUGAGUGCUCAGUCUAAUCCUCAAGGUGUCCCCAAAGAACUACUCGAAGCGAAGAAGCUAGAACUUAUACAAGAAAAGGUCGGACGUGCAUUGGCCUCCAGGAACAUUUACUGA